GUUGGCAGUUGCUGGUUAUCACAUGAUGACAUUUUUAUUUACAUAAAUAUUUAAUCACCUGUCAAAUUUACAAAAUAUGACAUCCAGUUACUUGUAAAAUAAUAAUAUUAUAAAAAUGAUUUCAACGACAAAUAUGACGGAUCUCCAGAAGCUGGAAGAGCAGGCGAAAGCAACAGCAACCAAGCACGUGAUCAACAUGCUCCAGCGUCCAGGUCAGUUGGAAAAAGUAGAGCAAUACAAGCGCCGUAUCACUCGUAAGAAAGCGUCUGUUGAAACCAUGCUGAAGACGGCGAUGCAGAGUCAAUUGGAUGGAGUACGUGUAGGGUUUCAUCAGCUGGAAACAUCCUUGUCGACUAUCGCAUCUAUAAAAGAAGAGCUGGAUCUUAUAGGCCAGUCCUUUGGUUCUGCGCUUGAACUCAACACCAAGUUACAGCCGGUUCAGGAGGAGAACAUGCGUCACUCUCAGUAUGUCACAGCAAAAGAAAAUCUCAAGCACAUAUUCACUGUGCCCGAGUCAGUUGAAAAAACAAAGCAAUGGAUAAAUGAAGGCAAGCUCUUACACGCUCACCAGAGUCUCAUGGACUUGGAGAAUUCUCGAGACGAUUUACUCUAUGAGUUACACAAGCUCCCCAACCAGUCGCUACCUGACAAAGUGAUGCUCAAAGCCUACUUCGAGGACGUGGAGACCCUGUCCCAGUUGAUGGAGAAGCAAAUAAAACUUGUACUGAGUCGUACUUUGAAUACUGUACGGAAAGAACCGACAGUGAUUGUGACAGCGCUACGGAUAAUUGAACGCGAGGAAAAAGCUGAUCAGUUCGCGACUCAGCGUCAACGGCAAUCGGGAUUUAUUCCACCAGGACGCCCCAAGAAGUGGAAGGAAAUGGCGAUGCAGACUCUUGAGAAGUCUGUUGCGAACCGAAUCGAAGGAACUCAAGUUGACGAACGGGCUGACAACAAAAUGUGGCUUGUCCGCUAUCUAGAACUCACUCGCCAAUUGAUCCUGGAAGAUCUGCGGGUUGUAAAAACACUUUGUGGUCCUUGUUUCCCGCCUUCUUACGACAUAGUAAAUAAAUUUGUGCGCAUGUACCACAACAGUUUGUCUCAGCAUCUGAAAGACAUCAUUGCCAAUGGACUUGAAGGUAACGAGUAUGUGUCCCUGCUUGCUUGGAUCAUGAACACUUAUCCAGGUACCGAGCUGAUGAUGCACCCGGAGUUAAAUAUAAACAUCACAAAAAUCGGGGAUCUGUUGGCUGUCGAAAUCCUUGAUGAACUGCAGGAAAAAUAUCUGAGGAACAUGUGCCAGAAUUAUGAGGACUGGAUGAAAAAGACGUUGGAGACGGAGAAAGUUGACUGGUGGAGUGGAAAAGCGCCAGAAUCUUCAGCUCAGGACACGUAUUAUCAUACCGCAGCACCAGUUAUAAUUUUUCAAAUGAUUGAUCAGAAUUUGCAGGUCACCAAGACCAUCAGCACUGACUUGACCGCCAAGGCUCUGGUUGUCUGCAUCGAGCAAGUCAACAAGUAUGGUCUGAUGUAUCGGCAAGCUAUAAUGGAGUUCAAAGCAAAGCAUUUUGAUGACCGUAGCCAAGUGCCUUAUUUUACCCAUCAUAUGAUCACGGUAGUAAAUAAUUGUCUCCAGUAUGUUGAGUUGGCGCAGCAGAUGAAACAGUUGUACUGGGUGACCAACGCCACCCCUGAUGCGGCAGUUAAAUUUGAAAACUUGCUAGCUAACUAUCAGCAACUGCGUAAUGAAACGGUUGCCAUUUUACUAGAAGAAUCGCUGCUGGAUUUAGAAACUCAAUUCCAGGAUUUGUUGACACCCAAGUGGUUGAGUACUUCAAUUGCUGUAGAAACUAUCUGCGUUACAUUGGAAGAUUAUUUCCAGGACUAUGGACACUUGAGAGUUAAAAAUUUUGAGUAUGUAAUAAAUGAGGCGCAGAAUCUGAUUGCCAAGAGAUACAUAUCGGCAAUGUUGUCACGAAAAAUAUCACUGAAGAAUUACGACGAGUGCUUGACUUGCACCUCCAAGAUCAUGAGCGAAGCAGACAAAUUAAAAAAUUUUUUCAUACGCAUCGCACCCAAGGUAGGGAACUUUGAUUCUCCUUUUGAGAUCAUCAAGAGACUGGCGGAGGUUCUCAGAUGCGAGGAUGCUGAAAUUCUGACCCUGGAUCUCCACUCGCUGGUUGAAAAGUAUCCGGACAUGACUGAUGAUCACUUGGUUAGACUGCUGAGUUUGCGAGGUGAUAUUCCCAGGAGUGAAGCCAAGGAGAAGGUCGCAUAUAUUUUGGAGGCACAAAAAAAUAGAAAAACUACUCCGAGUACCAGCAAUAGUAUUUUUAAACAGAUUGUACUUCAAGAAAGUUUUUUGAGCUGGAAACCCUAAAGAUUUUAAUUAUUUAUUGUUGAGAAAUUAUAUUAAAUAUUUUUAAAUUAUUUAUAAUUUAUUUAUUAAUU